AUAAUGGUUGUUGCAUAUUUCAGAUAAGAAUAACAUGUUGAUGAUUUACUACAACCAUGAAUUAAAUGGUACAGCAAACUGAAAAAAAAAAAAAAAAAAACACAUCCAAGAAAGUGCAGCCUCUUUCAGCCGUCCACAUACAUCAGAUCCUGCGAUGUUUUGGCUCCAGCUGCGGGUUGCGUCACCGCGACGUCAGAGUCGUGUGAAUGCUCGAGCCGAGAGCAGCGUUGGAGAGGCAGAGUCUGUCUGAUAAACACCUGAUCAACACUGCUCUGAACGACCAGAGGAUGCUUCAGUCAAUUCUUGCGUUCAUUCUGCACUGUUUUAAAAGCGUCCCGCUCAGUGACUGAAAUGUGGAGCGUGCGUUAAACGCAUUCGUCGCGUUUGAGUUUCAUUCCUUCUCGACUUUAACUGUUUCUACGAAUCAUAAUGAAUGACAUAAAAGUUGCAGUUCUAGGAUCCGAGGGUGUCGGGAAAUCAGCACUUAUUGUUCGAUUUCUAACCAGGCGAUUUAUUGGUGAAUAUGCAUCAUCAUCAGAGUGCAUCUACAGAAAGCGCAUGUCUAUUGAUGGAAAACAGCUUAAUCUCGAACUGUAUGACCCAUGUUCUCAGCCAUGCGAGGGGAAGUCCACACUCAAUGAGCAGAUCCACUGGGCCGAUGGCUUUGUGGUCGUUUACGACAUCAGCGAUCGUUCCUCCUUCCUCACGGCCAAAGCCAUAGUGCACCUGAUCCGAGAGCUUCACCUGGGAGGAUCUAAAAGGGACGCAGACUCUGUGAUUUUCCUGGUGGGCAAUAAGCAAGACUUGUGCCACAUGCGGGAAGUGGACAGGGAAGAAGGCCAGAAGUUGGCGUCCGAGGGCCGCUGUCAGUUCUAUGAGUUGUCUGCUGCGGAGCACUACCAGGAGGUGGUGCUCAUGUUCUCUAAGAUCGUGCGCAAUGCCAGUCUGGGAGGCAAGGCAAAGGAGCGUCGCCGUCGUCCUAGCGGUUCGAAAUCCAUGGCCAAACUCAUCAAUAACGUCUUCGGAAAACGACGGAAAUCUGUUUAAAAUGAACUUGGACAAUUGCUACAGGACUGGCAUUUGAGAUGUGUCAAAUUUGUUUAUAUACUGUAGUUCUUCACCGCUUUUUGUUGAUGCCGUGUCUUGGCCACACAGUCAUUACCUGGUGAAAUCUCAUGAAACACAUCAAGAACAUGGACAUUUUUCACCUUAAAGUCAAAAGAAAACAAAAACUUUCUUAGCUUCAAGAAAAUGAAGCCUGUUUUAGAACCGUUUAGCAUUGCAACAAUAUUUUAUUGACAUUUACCUCAUCAUUUCUCAUUACCGUAAUGGAAAUGAGAAUCACAUUGCAUUGUGGCAAUGAUAUAAUGUUUCAGUUGUCAACAUUUAAUGUCAUGGUGGAAAACAUUUAAAAUAGGUUUAAUUGUAUUAAUGCAAAAUACAGUAUCCUAAUCGGUGUAUAGCUGCACAUCUCUGCUUUUUGCCUUAAAUGUUUCACUUCUUAGGAUGUUUAAAUGUCACCUAAAAACUGCCAAGUCAAAGUCAAGCCUGAGGUUGUGAAAUAUAGGUUAGCUUGCUAUGUACGCAGAUCAAAUGUUUCUUGUGUAAUUUAAUCACUUUCUACAUGUACGAUGUGAGCAACGAAGUGUCAUAUGACAUUUAUGGGCUUUGAAAUAUAUUCAAAUUCCUGUAAAACAAAAACAGCUGUGCAUUAAAAUGCGACAAUUUUGACC